AAAAAGUGAACACAACAACACUCGCGAGCAAUGAUUUCGACGCAAAAAUGAAACGGUUAGUUGCGGCAACUCUCAGGGCUAGAGUACUGCGGAGUGUAACGAGACUGUCAUUUCAGCCAUGCCCACGCCGGGGAAUAUCCAGCUCCAGACGACUUCUUGAUCAAACUGUGCCAGGCUUGUCAGAGGCGCCCCAAAUUUCUCAACCUCAAGGCCUUACCUUGCGUAACUACCAAGAAGAAUGCAUCCAGACCGUUCUUCAAUACCUUGAGAAUGGUCAUAAGCGGCUGGGUGUAUCUUUGGCCACUGGCAGUGGCAAGACCGUUAUCUUCACUCAACUUAUUGGUCGAAUCAAGCCCCGGUCAGAGACGGCAACUCAAACACUUAUCCUAGCCCACCGGCGAGAACUGGUUGAGCAGGCCGCCCGGCAUUGCUCCAACACGUACCCGGACAAGACCAUCGAACUCGAGCUCGGUAAGCUCUCGGCUUCCGGUACCGCCGACAUCACUGUAGCCAGCUUGCAGAGCAUCAUCUCCAGAGACCGUCUCUUGAAGUUUGACCCCGGCCGAUUCAAGUUGGUCCUUGUCGAUGAAGCCCAUCACAUCGUUGCUCCAGGGUACUUGAGGGUGCUAGAACACUUCGGUCUCAGGGAAAAGCAGCCCGAUUCUCCACAUCUGGUUGGCGUGUCGGCCACCUUCUCUCGCUUUGACGGGCUCCGGCUGGGCGCGGCCAUUGACGAGAUAGUCUACCACAAGGACUAUGUGGAGAUGAUUAGCGAGAAGUGGCUCAGCGAUGUCCUCUUCACCACUGUCGAGAGCAAGGUGGACUUGUCUCAGGUCAAGCGAAAGGGCCGAGGCGGGAGUGGCGAGUUUGAUACCGAUUCCCUCUCCCGAGCCGUCAACACCGUCGAGCUCAAUGAUGUCGUCAUCCGCACUUGGUUUGCCAAGGCCACCGGGAGAAAAUCGACGUUGGUGUUCUGCGUCGACCUAAGCCAUGUCGCCGCCUUGACCGAGAGGUUUCGUCAUUACGGCAUCGACGCUCGGUUCGUAACAGGCGACACGCCGAUGCGCGACAGGGGCGAGCGCCUGGACGCCUUCAAGAAGGGCGAGUUCCCUGUGCUCAUCAACUGCGGCGUCUUUACCGAGGGAACGGACAUCCCCAACAUCGACUGCAUUGUUUUGGCGAGGCCGACCAGAUCACGGAAUCUCUUGAUUCAGAUGAUCGGCCGCGGUAUGAGACUCCACGCUGGCAAGCAGAACUGCCACAUCAUCGACAUGGUAGCUAGCCUCGAGACUGGCAUCGUCACCACCCCCACCCUAUUUGGGCUGGACCCUAACGAGUUGGUGAAUGAGGCCUCGACCGACAAAAUGUUCGCGCUGUCAGACAGUAAAGAGGCAGAGAAGUUGAAGGAUUUUCCGCCAACGCAGCAGUUCACGGAGCCCGAGUCGACGGGUCACUCCUACAACGUCACCUUCACCGAAUACGACACGGUAUUUGACCUAAUUGCCGACACGUCCGGCGAGCAGCAUAUCCGCGACAUCAGCCGGCAUUCUUGGGUCCGGGUUUCCCCGGAAAAAUACAUCCUCAACGGCCCCGAGGGAACGUACCUAAAACUAGAAGAGACUCCCUACAAAGGACCCGACCACCCCAAAUUCAGGGCAUACGAAGUCAGGGCUCUGCCGGCAGGGGUAUCGAAAUCCCCGUAUGCGGCUCCCCGUGAGAUUCUAACCGCUGCGACCUUUGACUCUGCCGUCCACGGCUGCGACGAAUACGCCCGCGAAAACUACCCCUUCUACAUCAUCACGGGAACGUUGCCGUGGAGGAAGGCGCCGGCAACUGCAGGACAGCUCAAGCUUUUGAAUAAGCUCAGGGGUACCAAGGAUGAACUGGGACCAGAAGACGUGACCAAGGGCAAGGCGGCGGACAUGAUCACGAAGCUCAAGCAUGGUGCCAGGGGUCGAUUUGCGACCAUCGAGGCCCUCAGGAAGAAAAUGCAGAAAUCUACCCUGGCCGACGAGCAAUACCGUACAAGGCAACUCAACGAGCGUGUUAUGGUUGGGCCAGUAUCUGCUUGAGCUUGGGCAGUGUGUGCACGGAAAAAAGGCACAACAAAGUGCAUUUGGCCACUGUAUUCGCCUCUUCAUCCAGUGUAUCGAUUGCCACUAUUGGAUGGAUACCAAGAUGCCUAAGCGGGAGCCCGGGCAGCAGGUGCCUCUCUGGGCGAUCUAUCCACAUGGAACCUUCUACGCACCUGCCUCCAGUUGAGGCCAAGGUCCUUGCCCAUCGACCUGAAGGGUUUCCGACUUCACUCGACCGCACCUUCCCACUUAUUACUUCCGAACUUCAAGGUCCCGCCUUCGCCAAUUUACAAAUCGUGCCUUCCUCCCGGACUCCCUUUAACAGCCCCGCUCUCUUCGCCCACCGCAACUUUGGAUUCCAUGGAUGGAACCAGCGCAU